CAUUCUGAUGCUGGUUGCGACAGUGUAAAGACGUUCGUCUCUUCAUUUCUGCUACAUCUUUACGCGAGGGCAUUUGAGACUAUCUAUUUGCCGCUUGGCCGUACACGUGAUUUGUUGUUCAGUUGAAGAUCUUAAUGCUUCAGUGGAGAAAAGGAUAUUUUCGGGGCAUUUGAAAAUAGUUCGUUAUUUUUUCUGCUGCAAGUGAUUUUUAUAAGAAGAAAAGGAUACCUUCAAUCCGAAAGCUGAAAAGCGAUCGAAGUGAAAUUAAAAGUGAGAAUUUGACAACCGAAUGAAAAUUAUUAAAUUCUGAAAGUGUAUGUGACCGACUCAUCUACCGCAAUAUUGCAAAGAAGUUGCUAACUAGUGAAACCGCACAGGAAAUUAAAAGUGACUGUUCAUCGGAGAUUAUUCUAACUGUUAAGGAUCUGAGUAUUGAAAACAAACAACAAAAGAGGAUAAUAAGUUGAUCAAUAGAGUUGAAGGUACCCACUAAGAAGCAACGAAAUACAGCAAUCACCAGAGAUUCAAGAACUGAAGAACGAGCAUAUGCAAUAGCAGAUAUUUUCGUGGCUGUAACUUGAUUGGAUUCCCAAUCAAAGAUGCACAUGUGGCAUUCCGUCAUAUUGCAAACAUGUAUAUUGAUUACCUGUCACAUUCCCCUGAACCAGUGCUCUAUGCGAAUUGUGACACCAGCCCGCGUACUAGCAGCACGAACAGGAGCAACACAGUUUCAAGAAUAUGCAGACGAUGGCAGAAACGUCGGUAGGGGCGAACAGCAAAGCAGAAGAUUUCAAAAACGACUUAUCGCCGAUACCGGGGAUAACGAUUUCGACAACUACCAGGGUGUGGUAGGUCGGCCUGGAAUUGACUUUCCAGUCCUAACCGGAAUACCCAACACGAACUUCAACUGUCGACAGUAUGGGAAUGGAUAUUUUGCGGAUCUGGACACAAAAUGUCAGGUUUUCCACAUAUGUGAUGAAGGAAAAAAGAUAUCGUUUUUGUGUCCGAACGGGACCAUUUUCCGACAGUUGGAUUUGAUUUGCGAUUGGUGGUUCAAGGUGGACUGUGCAGCCGCACCAAACCACUAUGCGGAGAGUUCAGAAAUGCUCACGCAAGCCCAGCGGGCAAGAAUUCAGAGCAAGCACCCAAUCCCUCAGCCCAUCAAAUCACCAGAACAGUUUUCACUUAACGUACAACGAAAACAUGCUAUUCUCAAUGGGCCAUUAGGGCCCAACUUCGAUGCACUGGCAUUCAAUAGGCGCAUGGAUACAAGUGUUGAGGAAUCAGAUGAGAGUAUUGACUUCGAAGAUAUUUCAUUGAAGCGGAACAAUGUUCGUAGAAGCAACUUGGUUUCCAGAGGCGAAAAAUCCAGUUCAGAGGAAACGCAAACCGCUGACGAAACAGCAUCUUUUGCUCGAAGUGGUAAAGCUAUAAAUGGAUACAACUACCCAGCGCCUGACAAGACAUUCGAAGGGAGUAAUACGAAACCAGAAGGAUAUAAUUAUGAGAAACCAAUAAAAUUGCUAAAUACAAAUGACAAAGCAUCGGCAACAUCAUCACGAACAGCCAAAAUUCUGGAGAACAAUUUCAGUCAACAACAGUUUGGCCAAAAGAACUCAUUCACAUUCGAUGCUAAACCAUUCAUUACGAGAGCCACCGAGGCUCCAACCGUAGUUACUUCUACUACAACGAAACAACAAACUCUGAGAGCAACUACAGCAUCCACAGUUAGUCGAGGAAGUACCACUCAUCAAACAAGCACUUUAAAUCAGAAACCAGACCGAAAAUCACCAAGUGCAUUAGACAUCAAAAACUCGAAGCCAGCUCCAAGUCCAACUCCAGAAAAUUUGAACUUCCCGGCCUAUACAACUGCCAGAAAGCCCAGUACAAAAGCAAAAGAUAAACCUUUCUAUACUCCUACCAUACCAACCGUAACAAAUAAAGCAUCCUCAGCAGAGCAGACAACUGCUGCAAUCCCCACGUCAGCUACAGUUUCGGGAGCAGCUGAGCAUGCUAUGGAAAUGAUGAAAACGUUACAAGAACUUGAAAUAUCCGAACCCGUUGUUGAAAAUCGCCCAGGCGUAGAAGUUCCACCAUCAUCUGGUCCAAAUGCACUACACUCACUUGCCCUCUAUUUUGCCGAUGAUUCGGCAAUCAAUGCAACUACCACAAACAGCCCGGUUGAAAUACGGUCACAAACUGAAAAGUUACAAACGGAGGAAAACCGACCUUCCUCCGUAAGUGCUACGCUUUUGAGCCAGAGAACACUCGAAAGGUAUCAACAGCUGUUCAAUGUAAAAACUCCAAGUACAACGACGGAAAGCUUGGAGUUCGAGACACGAUUUUCAGAUGACUCUAGUAAUGAUUUGGAGGGGCAGUACUCAAGGCAUCCUAUUUUUGGAACAUCUGCGUCACCGCAGAUCCGGGAGCUGGCACAAGUAUUCACUCAUGCGUUAUCUGCAUACCUGCAAGACCCCGAUACAUUCCGUCGAAUUCUAUCGGAAAUCAGACCGAAAGCUCCUCCACAAUUGAUCGUGUCAAAUCAGAUCGAUCAAACGAAACACGGCAAAAAUGACGACAUAUCAACAGAAGAAGCCUCUUACUUUUUUUCUCGUAAUCAAAUAACCCCUGCUCCGCGAGCGGCGCUUACGGAAGACUUAGAAGUGCUGGACUUCUCAGAUGUCACCUUACCGACCACAGUGAAGCGAGAAACUACGAUUGGUGCCUCGGAAACAACCACCGAGCUACCUGUCACUACAACUGUCAUUCCCUCCGUUGGACUCCCGAGGGCAACUGAUGGCGCAAAGAAAACACCUGCCUCUAAUCUUAUAACUAAUGAGCUGGAAAAAACAGCAUCUGCCUACAGAGAACGACAGUCAAAAACUCUCAAAUCAUCGAAAGACGAUACGAAGAACGAUUUGGCUGAUGAGGUCAACGAAGAAUUGGGAACCUUGAAACCACCCGCUUACAAAGCUGUCGAGAGUAUCGAAGAUCUCGAUGAGAAGAUUGACAAUUCGACCUACUACCCGCCACAUGGAGGAUACGACCGCAAAUCAACUCUGCCGCCCUAUGAUGCACAAUCGCUUAAAUGGGGUGAGGAGUUGUCAACGAUCACAACCACCACGGAUUCUUCACCGACUGUAUAUUAUGAACUACAGCCUCCUCUUCACGGAAAAUCCAAUCCACUCGACGGUAAUCUACCCAGUAAAGUUUUUCUGCCGCCCGAUCGUGACGACAUCCUGGAAGACGACGAACAACUUCAAAGGGCACAAAGCCAAUCGAUUGUAUCUAGUCGUAACUCUAUCGGAGGCAAUAAGAAACCUAAAACAAUUUACAGCUUUCUCAAUUUGGACAAAGCUUUGGAAGAAAAUGGAAAAUUAUCUGCUACAAACGUGGACGUUCCAAAUACAACGAUAGGAUCGACCACAAUUAAAGGUCACUACAUUACGAAGCAAUUCAAUAGUGAGAAGAUAGAGGCUACUACAAUUUCUAGUGACAUCGCAACGCCAAUUCCUGAUACGGGUAAAAUAACUCCUAAUUCCAAAACUACACUUUCCUAUACAGUGUUUCUCGAUCCAUUGACCAUCAACGACGGCUUAAUGGACUCUGAAGAAGCAGAAGACGAGGAUAAAACUACCAUACUAAAUGCUCAUACUUAUCUACCAAGAAGUCAGAAGAAAACUACCAACGCUUAUGUUGCUUCUACAACACCCCCAAUUUCGACUACAUCUACCAAAGUAGAAAUUUCGGGUCGUCUAGGAAAGAGCAAAAAGUUAAGUGAAGAGGAAUCAAAUGAAAACGAACUAAUGGAAACUAUGCAGCGGAAGGCAAAUCUCAUGUUCGGUGAUCUAAACGAAACUGAAGCGGACCACUUAAUGAACGUAAUGAAAACAGCUGACACCAACAAAUCGGUUCGUCGAUUGAUUUUACUGCUCAUACAGACUUGCGAUGAUGACUAUAAUAAAACCGUCGAAGAUUCCAGGAAGGCAUUACUCAAUGCGUUGAUCAGCAUGGACAGUCAAGAAAAUGAUAGCAGUGAAAUUCGCAUCGUAAAAUCAAGAUCGAGCAGGAGAAUGAAGAGUUCAAAGAAACCUGUCAUCAUUACUACCGUUGCCACGCCGGUAACUACGUUCAGAAAUUCGCAAUUUGAAAGGCUUAUCGGAACCACUACUGAGCUAGACGUGGACAGCAGAGCCAGCUUCGAAACAACUACAUCUGGCUAUGAGGAAACUAAAUCAACAAUUCUGGAUUCAUCGACAGAAACGGCCACUAGGUUCUUCGAAAAUCGAUUUGGCGACGACUCUGAAACGACCACUCCAGCUAUUAGUCUAUUUCCAGAGCACUACACUACGACAAGCAUUCCCACUACCACGUUAGAUUUUGAGACUACAACAAAUCCAGUCACUACAACGGAAACCCCAACGACAACGAUUGUUUCGACCAUCCCCACCACGAGGCUAACUACGGCUGAACCAACGACUCCAAAGAGAAGCGCUGCCCUCAGAGAAUCCCCCACCAGUAGUAGUCGAACGCAGAAGAGUCUGAGCGUUGCCGGAAAUUACAUCGCGGAAGCCAGCCGGAACAGUUUCAACCAGCACUCUGAUACCAGGGCACUGGAACUACUCAGAUCACUGUAUUCGCUGGCGUCUCGAUGGGGUUAGAGAUAACAAGUGAACCCCGGGUGAUGUUGUGUCAUGACUAAUUUACCGAGUUUUAGUAAGUUCGGGGCAUGUGUAUCCUAUUUAACGUGCGACGUAUAAGUGUCCGAAAUGUUCAAACCCUUGUUGAUGAAAUGUAUCGCAGCGCAUACUCGUUAUUAGUGCCUGAGCCAUAUUUAUUAUAUUAGUUUUAAUAGUUUACUACUAAACGUGUUGCGAGAGAAGCUUACGCGGGGUUCGUUACUGAAUGGAGAAGUGGGCAAUUCGAGCCCCUAAGUGGUGCAUAAACAUUAGUGUAGGGACCAGCAGCUAUCCAUUACCGUCGAAUGGAAUGUAUGUUAUAAGGAAUGUAUAUUGAAAACUGUAAAUUACAUUAUCACACGAAACGUCAACAAUGAGAUAUUUGCCUUAAUUGUAAGAAAUGGAACUUCAAUCUCAAUUUCCAGAGGUGUCCAAUAUAGGACCAUUUGGAAGAGACAUAUCGAAGUGCAUAUUCAAAGCGAGAUGCAAAUUGCAACACGCAAAUCAUCAAUUAUCAAUGAAGCAUAUGUUUUAUUGUCUCUGGUAUGCUUUUCAUCAGAUCUAGAAAAAUAAAAUCGUUCGCUUGAA